UCUUUAGUUCUCAUUUCCCUAAACUUCGAAGUCUGGAAUUCGCUUACAAGGAAAAACAAAUUACAAUACAGAAAUUAUUAGUUGAGAAUUUAAAGCUGAUGCCUUAAUGGAUAGAAAACGACAUAUAGCAAUUUUUACAACAGCAAGUCUGCCAUGGAUGACUGGAACUGCAGUUAACCCAUUGUUUCGAGCCGCUUAUCUUGCCAAAAAUGGAGAGAGAAAGAUCACAUUGGUGAUUCCUUGGUUAUCCUUGAAAGAUCAAAAACUAGUAUACCCAAACAACACUAAGUUUGGUUCACCCUCAGAGCAAGAGUCAUAUAUUCGUCAAUGGCUUGACGAGAGGAUAGCAUUUAUAGCUGGUUUCACUAUACGCUUUUAUCCUGGAAAGUUUGCUGUAGAUAAGAGAAGCAUUCUUCCUGUUGGAGACAUCUCGAAAAUCAUCCCUGAUGAAGAGGCAGAUAUUGCUGUCCUUGAAGAACCUGAGCAUCUUACAUGGUUUCAUCAUGGGAAGAGAUGGAAAGAUAAAUUCCGCCUUGUCAUUGGAAUAAUACAUACCAAUUAUCUGGAGUAUGUGAAGAGAGAAAAAAAUGGACAAUUCCAAGCAUUUCUUCUGAAAAAUGUAAAUAGUUGGGUUGUAAGCAUCUAUUGCCAUAAGGUAAUUAGGUUGUCUGCUGCUACCCAGGAUUAUCCCAGAUCCAUCAUCUGUAAUGUUCAUGGAGUUAAUCCCAAGUUCCUCGAGAUAGGUAAGAAAAGAUUUGAGCAACAACAUGGAAGUAACCAAGCCUUCACCAAAGGGGCUUACUACAUUGGGAAGAUGAUUUGGAGCAAAGGCUAUGGAGAACUACUUAAACUACUCCAUGAUCACCAGAAGGAGCUCGCUGGUCUUGAAUUUGAUCUAUAUGGCAACGGAGAGGACUCCGGUCAAAUUAAGGAAGCUGCUAGCAAGCUGAAACUGAUGGUUAGAGUGCUUCCUGGUCGUGAUCAUGUCGAUCCUUUAUUCCAUGAUUACAAAGUGUUCUUGAAUCCUAGCACCACAGAUGUUGUUUGCACAACCACAGCUGAAGCAUUGGCUAUGGGAAAGAUUGUUGUUUGUGCCAAUCACCCCUCAAACGACUUCUUCAAGCAGUUUCCCAAUUGCCGAAUAUAUGACGACGAAAAUGGUUUUGUUGAAGUCACACGCAAGGUACUGAGUGAAGUGCCUGUCCCAUUGACCGAUGCACAACGAGGUGAACUAUCUUGGGAAGCAGCCACGGAACGGUUUUUAAGGGUUUCUGAGCUAAACCAGGUCUGUACAACAACAGAAACGGAGAAAAAAUCAUCGAAGAAAUUUGCAUCGGUCUCCUUAAACCUGUGGAAAAAUAUAGAGGACACUUCAGCAUAUUUUCACUAUCUGGCCUUAGGAUAUGAAGCAACGAGAAGAGCAUUUGGUGCGAUUCCGGGGAGCUUGCAACCGGAUGAAGAGCAACGUAAAGAACUUGGGUUGACCAACUGAUUCAAAGUUGAAACUUUGUAAAUUCAUUUCAGGACAUAUUUGGAAUGCUAUAAAAAUUCAUUUAAUGGCUACGUUUUCUUUGUAAA